AGUUCCUUCCUCCCGAUGGAAUUGCAAUCGGGACGUGAUCUCUGGCACUUGUCGCCGCCGCAGCAAGGGUUCAUGGAUCUCAUCGGCGCCCUCCCCGACGAGAUACUUCUAUUGAUCCUCACGCGCCUACGCUGCGUCCGGACCGCCGUGCAGACCGGCCUCCUCUCUCGCCGAUGGCGCGGCCUCUGGACCGGUCUCACGGAUCUCACCCUGCGCGGCCUCGAGAAGCCCGCCAUGAUCGAAGCUGCGCUCGCCCGCUUCGCUGCUUCGACACCGGUGGUGUUCACGCUGAACAUCUGCCUUCAAACGGGACACACCGCCAAACUUGCCAGCUCGUCGCUACGUGCCGCCGCACGUCUCUCGCCGAGGGAGCUAGUCUUCACCUGUUCAAUCGAAAUAGCAGAGUCGGCCGACAUCAAGCUGCCCUGUUUUGACUGCACCACCUCCAUCGAGCUGGGCAUCUAUAGUUUCGAACGUGUCCGUAUCGUGCCAUCGUUGACCCGCGAUCACGAGUUCACCUCGCUCGAGAGGCUUUCCAUCUCGGGCUACAUCUUCAACCUUGGCGCAUUGCUCAAUCGUUGCCCCCGUCUGCGUGCGCUCAGCAUCACCUCCCCACACAGGCAUGUCAUCCCCAUCACGCUGCCGGCAAACAGCGCGUUCCCCAUGCUCGAGAAUCUGUCCCUCACGGGAGGAAUCGUCGGCCUUGGCUCCUUGCUCAACGGCUGCCAGUGCCUGCACGUGCUGAGCCUCAAGGUCACCCACCUCGACUCACAAGAGCUCACGUUGGCACCCGCGGGCCCGUUCCUUAGACUCGAGAAGCUGUCCCUCUCCGGCAACAUCUCUUACCUUGACACCUUGCUCAAGCAAUGCCCAUGUCUACACGUGCUCAGUGCCACCUUCCGUGGGAUGCCGCUCCGUUCCAUCAAAGCGGCGCUCGCCGCGCUCGAAGAGGCAGCAACACCGCUUGGCCUCACAUUGUCCCUCCUCGACAUCAGCAUUCCUUGGGAAGACAAUGUCAGCGCCGCUUCCUUCGCCUCCCUUCUCCAAACCACAGCGAGGCUCUCGCCGCAGGAGCUCGUCCUCGAUGAUAGCUUCAGCAUGGUGUAUGCUAACAUACACAUAAAUGCGGACCUUCCCUGCUUCCGGCAUACCACCUCCAUCGAGAUGAGAUGGCAACACGUACGCUUCACAUCGUUGCCGAUGGACGAGUUCCCCGUGCUCGAGAAUCUGUCCCUAACUGGGUGCUGCAGCACUGUCGAUGUUGGUAGCUUGGUCACCCGUUGCCCGCGUCUUCGCGUGCUAAAGAUCAACAUAGCCACGGCAACAGGCAACAUCACGGUCCGCUCGCCAUCGCUGCAGAAACUUACUGUGAAUUUGGAUGUCCGGAUAGAAUGUCACAACAUUGACAUUGUCACUCCCAUGCUUAAGCAAUUGCAUCUGCAUUUCUGUGCCGGCAGGGACACCGGUGUCUCCAUCUCGGCUGAGGUGCUAGAGAAGUUUUUUUGGUGGAGCUGCUAUGCAGUGCCUCUUGCUUUGGGUUCUUGGCGUUUACAGAAGAUGAGGGUACAUACCAUAGAGAAGAGCGACGUAGACAAUCGGGAAUAUGAGCUUCGCUUGCACCUGAAUGAUGGGAACCAUUUGGAUCCACAGCUGAACUUUGCUGAAGAGAUGGAGAAACUUCCGGUCACCAAUUUCUCUGCAUUGGAGCUAAAAUUUGAACCGGCAUGCCAUGUUUACGGAGCACUUGUGUUACAACUCCUUCAAAUGCAUCGAAUUUGUGCUGCUACGAAAAAGCUUAAAGUCGACCUGACAUGGAGUCCCAAGGCGAGAGAAGCAUGCUGAGGAAAUUGUCCUUGCCAUAUGCCGGAGAGUUGGAGAAGCCAAAGUGUCUUUUGUACACGCCUUGAAGAAGUGGAAAUCCAUGGCUUCACUGGAGCGGAUCAUGAGCAAGAUUUCUUAACAAUGAUAUUCAAAUGCUCGCCAAUGCUUAAAAGUAUGAAUGUGAGAUUGAUACCACAUCCGUACUAAUUGUAGUCAUGCAUUCAACAUUCUUGUUCUAGCAUAUGGAUUCGAUUAAUUACUUUGCUGCUAUUGUUACACUGCAAUGUCAAACGGUUUCAUAUUGAGAGAAGGAACACUAAAAAAGCUAAGUUUGAUCAAGCAAUACUAGCAAACAAGGAAUUGUCGUGGA